CUAUGGUAAAAACACAAAUAUUACGCUUAUAGUUAAGUUACCUUGCACGUUAGCCAAUUGAACCUUGUUGAAAUUCGUCCGUCCAUUCUUUAUCGCGUUCUCAGACGUAUACAGGACUUCAGCAUUUUGGCGCUGUAUGUUUACAUAAGCCAUUUAUUUAACUGAAUUAUUGUUAUGAAUGGAUCGUAAAGUCACUCGGAGUUUGUAUCACUUUCAGCUGUUGAUUGAGCUGAGCUCUCGUUUCCCUUCGGCAUUCAUUCAGCUAUCCUGACCUCUAGCGGUUUUCGGCUGCAAUAACAAAUCAUGGUAAAAGUAGUUGUACAUAAUUGAAGUAUGUUUUAUUUUUAUUUAUUUAUUUUUGGUCAGCAUUUCUGAUUUUGUCCGAGAUAAUUAUGUUGUUUUAUUAAAAACAAAAAAACGCAUUUAAAUGUGUUGCUAAUUGAAUUCGGCCUAAUUGAAAUUCUGUGAUAGGCCCCUCCUCCCUCUAUGUCUGUCUGACAUGAAAGUGUAGAUGCGGAAAGAGAGAGGGAAAGAGAGAUGCUCAGUCUGGAGUAAAUCCUGGAAACAGCAGGAGCCCGGUCAGGAGUGUAAACCUGCACUUUCUGACAUAAAUGGAGUCCCUUUGGAAAAUAUCUGCUUCUAUAUCAAUACUUAUUUUUGAAUGGACGAGGAAAUAAAUACUUUUGCAGCACGGAAUCUGUGUUUUUGAUCUUCAGCUGAACAGGUGCGCCAAACUAAAGAUUCUCAACCUGCCUGUUCCCUCUUUUUUGUACGGAACUUCCGUGUUGGAAUAACAAGAAUGGAUAAACACUGGAUUUAUGCAACUUAAUUCAAAAUAUAUUUACGAAAAACACUUGAAAAGAACAUCUCACCUUAAAUAUUACAACCAGCGGGUUGAACAACAGGAAAAAUAGAAGUCAUGAAAACAACUGAAUUAUACGGAAACUGGAGCGUGGAAUCCAGCUGAAAAUAGAAAUGUUUUGAAAGUGUUUGGCUGUAUAAUGGCAAGCUUUACGAAUCAGCUGGUCUUUCUGAGAAUUACCCUUCUCUGUACUAUCAUAUGUGAGUCAAUUUCUUGUUGUGAGAAAACACAUUCUCAUGCUGAAGAUGAACUCUUUAAAAAGUUAUUCGAUGGCUAUAACAAGUGGUCAAGGCCUGUACCCAACACCUCUGAUGUUGUGAUUGUCAAGUUCGGUUUAUCCAUCGCCCAGCUGAUUGAUGUGGACGAAAAGAAUCAGAUGAUGACAACAAACGUCUGGCUCAAGCAGGAAUGGAAUGAUUAUAAACUGCGCUGGAAGCCUUCAGACUACGACAAUGUGACUUCCAUCAGGGUUCCAUCAGAACUCAUCUGGGUUCCGGAUAUAGUUUUGUAUAACAAUGCAGAUGGGGAGUUUGCGGUGACCCACAUGACCAAAGCCCACCUCUUCCACACAGGUAAAGUGCGCUGGGUUCCACCUGCCAUCUACAAGAGCUCAUGCAGCAUCGAUGUCACCUUCUUCCCCUUUGACCAGCAGAACUGCAAGAUGAAAUUCGGCUCGUGGACUUACGACAAAGCCAAGAUUGACCUAGAGCGAAUCGAGAACACAGUGGACUUGAAAGAUUACUGGGAGAGUGGAGAGUGGGCCAUUAUCAAUGCUGUAGGCACAUACAACACCAAGAAGUAUGACUGCUGCCACGAGAUCUACCCAGACAUCACCUACUUCUUCAUCAUUCGCCGUCUGCCGCUCUUCUACACCAUCAACCUCAUCAUCCCCUGCCUGCUCAUCUCCUGCUUGACUGUACUGGUCUUCUACCUUCCGUCUGACUGUGGUGAAAAGAUCACUCUGUGUAUUUCAGUCCUCCUCUCACUCACUGUCUUCCUCCUGCUUAUUACAGAAAUCAUCCCAUCCACUUCGCUCGUGAUCCCACUCAUUGGUGAAUAUCUGCUUUUCACUAUGAUCUUCGUCACUCUGUCCAUUGUCAUCACCGUUUUUGUGCUCAACGUCCAUCAUCGAUCACCGAGCACUCAUAAGAUGCCCUGUUGGGUUCAUUCGGUCUUCUUGGAUUUGAUCCCCCGAUGGCUGUUUAUGCGCAGACCAGCACCUGACAGCCGUCGCAGACAGAAACUCUUGCUUCUGCAGCGACAGGUGCCAGGAAUGACAGCACGACCCGCAAACGCUUCCCUCAGUACAUCUACUAGCUGGUUCAGAGGGCAGAACUCUGGGGAGGAUGAGUCCUGUAGGCACUUCAGUUAUAAGGACUUAGAACUAGGGACACUAUCUUCGGCCAUCUCACUUUCGCUCCAAGCCAGCUCGCCAUGUCCUCUUGGCUUAACUCCGCCUCCUCUACAGAAAUUUGGCCCAGCCCCUAGACUUGAGGUGGGCACGGCUUCCAGGCAGCUCAGUGGAAGAGCUAAUGUUACAAAGAGGCUUGACAACAUGAUACCCCAUGACAACCCAGGGUUCCCUCUGUCCCCCAGCGUCCUUCAAGCUUUGGAGGGGGUUCACUAUAUUGCAGACCACCUGAGAGCCGAAGAUGCUGAUUUUAGUGUAAAAGAAGACUGGAAGUAUGUUGCUAUGGUAAUAGACAGAAUCUUCUUAUGGAUGUUCAUCAUAGUAUGUUUGCUGGGCACAAUUGGUCUCUUUCUCCCACCAUGGCUCGCAGGGAUGAUCUAGAAACACAGCACUAAAUAUCUUUUAAGAACAUCGAGGACUUUUAAUUUAUGGGCUUCCACAGUAAGAACCAGCAUGGGAACACAAAUGACCCUCCUUGCAGCGAUCGUCAUGCAGUAAUAGUGAAAUUUCUCCUGCAUUUGGGGUAAUAUGCAUGAACUGGAAUGUGGCACCAAUCACCAGACCUGUCCUCCAAUCUAUACAACCAUAUAGGUUCUUUGUCCUUUUCCUGACAUAUGACCCAUAGAAGCAUUUACUAAAAUAGUGCUCCUACUGCGAGUGAGACACGGGAUCCAUGGUGAAACUUUAUCUAUGUAAAACUCAGAACUGAUAGAGAAUUGCAUUAUGGUCGCGGAACAAACUUUGAUUCAAUACCAGAGAACAAACACGUUGUUAAAAUAUGUACCUAAAACUAAAUUGUAUUCCAUUUGCCAAAUUUUGGUCACUGAAAAGACGUAACGUACAAAUAUUGGGUAACACAAGGGAUAGAGCUAUGGUACAUUUUUUGAGAAAUUCUUUCAGAAAAUUCAUCACUAUUCCCGAUUAAAUCGAUUCUCAGUUUAGAUGUUCACAGCAGAUGGCACUCUCGGCUUUACAAAUAGCAGUACGCUGCUUCCAACUCAUUUCUUACAAAUGCUACUUGAAGCUAAGAUAAUCUUUAAUAAAAUUAGUGUUCACACUUUGCACAUUAUCUACAUUAAUCUUGUGAUAUAGAGGCCAACUUACAUGAGGCUCUUCCUCAUGAGUGUUUAGGUGCACAGUUAAAAAUUAGAAUAGAGCGCCAUCUGCUGUUGAAAACUAAGCUCAGAAUCAAUUCAAAAGAGAAUAGCGAUGCAUUUGUAAAAUAUUAGUAUUGAUACAGAAUCCAUUUCUCAAAUUAUUUUUCACCUUUUGCUUUAGUAUGGGACCAUCUAAAAAGUCCACAUGCUACAUUUUAAAGAGCUUGUAUUUUGAUUGGUAAUUUUGAUUGGAUUAUUGACAAUAAUCUAGUUGGCACUCUAGGUCGUAAAACUUUGCUUGCACAAAUAACCUAUUUGGUUUUUAGGGCGCACUCACACUAUGCAAUCUGAAUCGGGCUCAGGUGCGGUUAAGUUGGCUGGCCCUGGCCCAGUUGGAAGAGGUGUGCCAGAGCGCAGUUCACUUAGGCUUGUAGCUUGAGUGCAAAGUCACCAUGCCCGAAACUGAAGAUGAGACGCGACUUGUAAGGGACUGUUUCGUAUGUGUUUAUUAAUCAUUCUUACUGUUCAAUGAACGCAAACUGUCAUGGAUUAUUAAAGACGCAAACCCCUCACUGCAUGACAGCUGCACCUUUAGCAAACCCCCUGAUUCCUGCAGCACGAAGACUUUAUGAUUGUUUAUGAGCGUCAAAAGUUGCUGAUCUCUUCAGCUAAAUAUCAGACUGCGUCACCGCAUCCCAAAACGACUAUAACGAUAUAACUAAGGAAGGCUCCACUGUGCUGAGCGAGAGCGCUUUUUACUGAACAGCGAAUCAUCGAUGAUGUAAGCGUGCUCAGGCGCUAAUGCGAUGUAAGUGCGGGCUGUCAGGGGAGACGGGAGGAAGUACAAGUGUGCUUCGGCCCGGUUCAAGGCAACUGUACGUAGUAUGAGUACGCCCUUAGAAGAGGAAUUUCUCCAAAUGCCAGGUAUUUUCUAAAGACAGAGGAGCCAACAUUUAAAGAGGUUUAUUUAUGAAAAUGCUUGUAUUUGAAUGUACUGUAUAACCUUGAACAUUGUUAAAAAUUAAAGGUGCCAACUGGAUGAGAGGCUCAGUGAUGUACUGUAACUAACUACAUUAAUAAAAUCACUAGGGUUGGUGUUCCUCA